UCACAUCACUCGCGGCUGUGGCUGAAAGCUCUAGAAACAUCUACUUCGCUUCCGACUGCGUUAGAUCUGCUAUUCUCAUUCCAGUGUACGUGUAGUCCACAAGCUAGCGGCGUUUGCCCGGGUCGUGUGUGAGCAACGGUUUCUUAUAAAAAAAAAACAACAAAAAAAAACAGCAUUGUCAUUUUUCUUCUAAGACUGGUUUAUCUUCUGGAAAGAAGCCCACUUCACGCCGAGAAAUGAUUCCAGCACUUACUAAGUGGUACGACAGGAGGGAUUUUGUUUGUGUAGAGUUCUGUGUGGCCGACAGCAAAGAUGUCAAAGUUAACUUUGAUAAAACAAAGCUCGGAUUCAGCUGUGUUGGACCUGAUGAUGAUAUAUUCGAGAACAAAAUAGAUCUUUAUCUUGAUAUUGAUGAAAAUGACUCCAAACAUAAACGCACAGAUCGUUCAGUCUUGUGCUUUCUACAAAAAGCAGAAGUGGGAAUGACAUGGCCAAGACUAACAAAAGAGAAGACUAGGUUGUGUUGGCUCUGUGUCGACUUCAACAACUGGAAGGACUGGGAUGAUGACUCGGAUGAGGAGCUGACCAACUUUGAUCAACUCUCAAAUAUGAUGGACAACAUGAAAAGAGAGGAUGAUGGUAAUGAUGAUUAUACAGAUGAUGAGGACACUUUUGAUAGCGACGACGAUGAAAUGCCGGACUUGGAGUAAAGCGUUGUAAAGAAGAUGGAAGAACGGAGGAUGAGGGAGAAAUCUUAACAAAUGUAAAUCUUGAAACUGAAGACGGUGACAAACAACUGUUCAUAUGAGUCGGUAGCCAUAUUUAAAUCCAUAGCCUCAGCUCCAAACUCUUUGACCAGACAGUCUACCUGAGAUUAAUUUGCAUGGUAUUGUACAGAGCAGCUAUCUCCAUGUCCAUUUGCUGUACUGCACCUUUUUUGGGGUACCUUGUUUUAAUGUUAAAUAUUACAACUAAGCACACAUUUUAUUUGUUGGGGAAAAACUGCAUAGUUGUACCUAACUGAGCAAUACAUGUUAAAAAUUGCAGUUUUUCAAAUGAGUUGCUUGAAAAUGAUUGGACUCCCCCUGUUGGCUAUGUUGUGAUUUUAUAGGUAGUCAGUCAGUGUAGUGUAUCUCAUGAUUUAAGAAUUAGAUGCAUUGACUGAUUGGGUCCUCUAAAGACUUCCAUGUGCUGUAAUUUAGUUAUCCAGGAAGCCUGUAUCUGCAGCUUACAUGUCCCUCUUCCACCUGUUAAAUGUCUGUAAACCUGGAUCAAUCUGAAACAAUUGCAGGAUGAUUUGCUUUUCUCCAGUUGUCAACUGAAACCAAGCAACAGCAACUUGGUUUCCAUUAAUUGGAUGGAUUUAUUUAAAGCUCCUCUCUUACUCUGUCAUCUAGCUUUCACAUAUAUCUGAGAAGAGGCAGCUGUUAAAAUUGGUUAAGCCUCAGAAUUAUGCGGUUUGUUGCUCUUCUACAGUUUUUUUUAACCUAUACUCUCUCAUGGUUUUGGACAUUGUUGGAACUAUAAUAAGUAAUGACCAAAUCAUAUUUGCACUGCUGAAAAUGUAACGAGAAGCAAGUACUAUUCAAUUACAGUGAAAAUGUUUUUGUUUUUUACUGUCUACAUCUUUCUAAUAAACAGUUUAAGAAUCGA